CACAGCCACUCUAGAGUGCAAGUUUCGCUGAAAACAAAAUAAACCAAUUAAAAACAACAACAAAAUAAAGUUUUUAGUGCACUUUAAGUAAUAAAUUACAUUUCAGUUGUUCUGCCAAAAGGUUAUACCAACGUCCUGAGUCUCCAACAAGAAGAAAAUGCUUUUUACUUGCCGAAAUGACCGAGUUUUUCGAUGAAAACAAUGCCUGCGGCCAGAAUCUUUUAAAUAUUGUCUCCGUGGGAAAUUCCAUUAUAGCAGAGAUCCUGCGCCUCAAGGACUACGUACCCAGUAUCUAUAGAUUGGAAACCAAGGCAGAUAAGUCGAAAUAUGGGGAGAUUCUGGUGGAUUUCAGCUACUUCAAAGCGGCAGAGGCUCAUGAAAAGAAGAUUGAGGAGAGCCAGUCCCUCACCGAACUGGAUGACGAGGUGCGCAGCCAACUGCCGCUGAUAACGCGCUUCUAUCUGGCCUUUCAGAGUAUCCAUCAAUAUGCCUCCGACCUGCAGCAUUACAUUAAGGAGCUGGAAAGCGGCUACUACAUUCAGCAGACGCUGGAGACGAUGCUUCAGGAGGACGAGGGUCGUCAGCUGCUCUGUGAAUCAUUGUACCUCUUUGGCGUUAUACUCCUCCUGCUGGACUUUCACAUACCGGGCGAUGUCAGGGAGCGUCUGCUCAUAGCCUAUUAUCGACACAGUGGUGGCGAUGCCACUCCCAUGUCCGGUUCGGAUUCCAAUAUCCAGGAUGUGUGCCUGCUCCUCCGAUCAACCGGCUAUGUGCAUCCCUCGGAGGCGGCUAAAGUGCCAGUGAAGGCGGCUGCCAGCCUGGUAGUUCCGAGAUAUCCGGAGGAGUACUUCUCACGCUUUCGCUUCGAUGAGAACUUCGUGGAUUUGGUUGUGGCACGCCUUCGUUGCGAUGACAUAUACAAUCAGCUUACCCUUUACCCACACCCUGCCCACCGCUCCACCGCCUUAUCCACGCAGGCCGCCAUGCUGUAUGUGUGCCUGUACUUCUGUCCCAAGGUCCUGCACUCCCAAGGCUCCCAGAUGCGCGAGAUUGUGGAUAAGUUCUUCUGCGACAACUGGUGCUUGUCCCUCUAUAUGGGCAUCACCGUGAACCUGGUGGAUGCCUGGUUAGACUUCAAGGCGGCCCGGUCAGCUAUCGAGAAUGUGACGAGUUCGGUGGCUAUCAAGACCCUUUGCGUGCAGCAAAGGGAGCAGCUGGUCAAGGUCCUGCAGAAGACGCAGGAGAUAACACGAGAGGGCGUCCUCGACGAUGGCUUCGUGACGGAGCAUGCCAACAAGAUCAUUUUGAUGAUGCGGCAGUCCAAUGUCCUGCUGCGCUGGUUCUGUUUGCACACCUCCAAGGAGGUGUUCGUCUUCUCACACAACACCGCCAGCCAGCCGGGACAUGUGGAGCAGAUGGUGAUCCAGGAGCUGAAGUUUGACAGGAAUGCCCUCUACCACCUGAUGCUCAACUGCAGCCAAAUGGAGCUGUGUGUGCGUGAGCUGCUGGCGGAUAUCCAGCAGACCAAGGAGGAUCGCUGGACCAAGAGCCGGGAGGAAGCCAUGCAGAGACUCAAAGAGCUGAGUGAGGCCUUUGCCGGUUCCAGGCCUUUGACCAAGAUCGAACCGAAUACCCAGCUGCAGCAGUGGUUCGGUGAGGUGGCCGAUCGCCUCAAGAAACUGGAGCUAGCCAGGCCCCAAAAGUCGGGCCGCCUACUCAUUCAAGUGAUGCAGGCUCUGGACGAGGUGCAGGAGUACCAUAAUCUCCACUCAAACAUGCUGGUCAAGCAGCACCUUCAGGAGACCAGGGACAUGCUGAGCCACAUGGCUCAGCUGAUCAACCUGAAGGAGGACAUCGAGAUCCACAUCCAGAUGAUCACCGACUUUAGUUACGCGUGGCAUCUCCUGCAGCGGGAUUUCAAGCCGCUCAUGCAGGAGCACAUCAAGCGACAGCCCCAGGCCGUGAUCGGUAUCCGCGCGGUGUUUCUCAAGUUGGCCAGCACCCUGGAGGUGCCACUGAUGCGGAUCAAUCAGGCCCGAAGCGAAGAUCUGGCCUCCGUGUCCAACUACUACAGCACGGAGCUGGCCAACUUCCUACGGCGCAUUCUGCAAAUCGUUCCCGAGACCAUGUUCAGCAUUCUGGCGCGGAUCAUUCACUUGCUGACCAAUGUCAUCAAGGAGUUUCCCACGCGUGUGGAAAAGGAGCGCCUCAAGGAGUACGCCCAGUUCGAGGAGCGAGCCAAGGUGGCGCAGCUCACCAACUCCAUAGCGGUUUUCACCAAGGGAAUACUGAUGAUGAAGACCACUCUGGUGGGCGUAAUCGAGCUGGAUCCCCAGCAACUGUUGGAGGAUGGGAUACGCAAGGAGCUGGUUAAUCAUCUGUCCAGUGCCUACAAUCUGGGCCUGAUCUUUACGCCAGAGAAGGGAAAAACACCGGUGCAGGUGCUCCAGCAAAAACUUCAGACGUUGGCCAAGACGAUCGAGGGAUAUCGCAGGUCCUUUGAGUACAUUGAGGACUAUCUAAGGGUUCAGGGCCUGGGCAUCCUGCUGGAGGAAUCGCAGCGCAUCAUCAACUACAAUGUGGAAAAGGAAUGCAAUGCCUUUUUGCGUCAGAAGGUCCAGGAGUUCCAAUCGGUGUAUCAGAGUUCGAUUAUUCCAAUUCCAAACUUCCCGCCGGUGCAGGGGGAUGCCUCCGGCUCCAACAACUUUAUUGGACGCCUGGCUCAUGAAAUCCUGCGCUGCACGGAGCCCCGGCAUACCAUCUUUCUGGAUCUCAAGAACAUCUGGUAUGAUAAGAAGGCUCCGGCACACCUAGAAGUACUAUCCGGUUCUGGAUUCUUUGGGAUAUUGCGCGAAGCCUUGGCUCCGUCGGGAAUGGUAGGACUGGAGCGUCUCUACGCUCACAUGCUAGCGGAUGAGCUAAAGCGCAACCUGGAAAGGUUGCAGAAGAACCUCACAUCGGAUCGCAUGUGGGUGGAGGCUUUGGACAGCCUAACCCGAGAAUUGGAGUCUCGGGACUUCCCCCCACCCGACGUGGCCAAGCAGCCGUUGAAGUAUUAUCAGUCCUACACCCAGCGCUGGCUCAAGGUGUGGCCAACGGUUCUGGAUUGGGUGCUGGCCAUGGGACAGAAGCAGCUGCUGCGCCAGCAGAUUGCCGGCGAGCUGAGCUUCAAUAGCAAGUGCGAUGCCAAGCUCCUGGAGAACACGGCGGACACAUUGAACCGGGCCCUUCUUCUAGAGCUCUCGCUCAGCCAGAGUCUGUGCGAUGAACAGGGCGUGGGCAUGCUGACCGAGCUUCAGGACAUACUCCUCUAUACGGGCAACUAUGAGCCACUGGAGCAGGUCUUUGUCACCACCAAAAAUAGCCACAAUGUAUCGCUGUUCCUGUUCCUCUUUACCAUUGCCCAUCUGGGUCGCCUGCAGCACUCCACGAACACGGAUUGCCUGCUGCCCAAGUCAGCCAAAGAUGUCAUAGACUGUGUGCCUUUUGUGGUGGGUCUGCUGACCAUUCUCCAGCAGUUCCACAAGAAUGUCAAGAUGCUGUAUAUAUCCUACAUGAGCCAGUAUGUUGUGACCAUUGCGGAAGCCCAGUUAAUGGACAAGGAAAUCCUGGGACCUGACACAGUCACUGCCCUCCAUUUCCUAAUGACCUUUAUACGCAGCGCCCGCCUGCCUCUAAGAGUGCUGGAGCAGCGCAUUCCCAACAUCUUACUCAGCGAGUUUGAGUAUCUGGCCACACCCACAAAGUAAGGUUUGGGCUACACACAAACUUUAAUAAAAACCGCAAACAUAACAAA